AUGGUGGAACCAUCCAUUUUUCAUAAACAUCGUCUUCUUAGGAAAUGCGAGCAACUGAACCACGCAUCUCGCUAUCUUGUGCCUCCAUCAAGUGCUACACCUUACGGUACUAAUUUCUCAAGGACCUACUUAAACAAGGAACGAAAGUUUUUCCCAAGCGGGAUGCUACUGUACUACUUGGCAGCUAUAUUCAAAGGUCUUCAUCCAAGAGUUGAUGAUGACUUUGUGGACAAGCUGAAUUACCACUACACAUCAGCAAUUAUUUUUGCGUUUGCGAUCAUUGUCUCAGCUAAACAAUACGUGGGUUACCCCAUUCAGUGCUGGGUGCCGGCACAGUUUACUGAUGCGUGGGAACAGUAUACCGAGAAUUACUGUUGGGUCGAAAACACCUAUUAUUUACCCCUUACAAGUGCAUUCCCUCUCGAAUAUGGUGACCGAAGAGCACGUCAAAUCAGCUAUUAUCAAUGGGUUCCAUUCGUUUUAGCCUUAGAAGCUCUCUGUUUCUACAUUCCAUGCAUUAUGUGGCGCGGGCUAUUACACUGGCACUCAGGGAUUAACGUACAAUCGUUGACGCAAAUGGCAUGCGAUGCUCGAAUGAUGGACGCAGAUGCUCGUGCCGCGACCGUCCAGACAAUCGCUGGACACAUGGAAGACGCCCUCGAGAUUCAAAGAGAAGUCACCGACGUAUCGGGUCUGUGCGUAUCAAAACGCUGGGGUAAUUACGUCACGUGCUUGUACGUGUUUAUUAAAAUGCUCUAUUUAGGAAACGUUAUAUUACAAGUUUUUAUCCUGAACAGUUUUCUGGGUACCGACAACUUGUUUUAUGGCUUUCAUAUAUUAAAAGAUCUGCUUAACGGUCGAGAAUGGGAAGUCAGCGGUAACUUUCCCCGCGUGACCAUGUGUGAUUUUGAGGUGCGCGUGUUGGGAAAUGUACAUCAUCACACUGUUCAGUGCGUGCUUAUGAUUAAUAUGUUUAAUGAGAAGAUUUUUUUGUUCUUAUGGUUCUGGUAUUUUAUGGUAUCAAUAGUCUCGAUCACCUCUAUGUUGCAUUGGAUUCUCAUUUCAUUCCUACCUGGCCAGCAUAUGAAGUUCAUUAGAAAAUAUUUGCGGGCAACUGACCUUGCAACUGAUAGGCAGUCAGUGAAGAAGUUUGUUCACAAGUUCCUUGGUUUUGAUGGAGUCUUUUGUAUGCGUAUGAUAUCGGCACAUGCCGGCGAUAUAAUGGCCACGGAGUUGAUUGUUGCGCUUUGGCACAACUUCAAUGAUCGUGUUCGGAAGAGUCCUAUCGAGAUGUUUGAAGGCGGUGUCAGCCAGUCACCUAGUAAACUUGAUGCGAAUUUCAAGACUUGGUUGCUGGGUCAGACUAGAGCGAAGCCGCCCUUUGACGGCUCCAAUCCAACACGAGGCAAGAAAAGACCUCAGCACUCGCCUCGCCAACUAUCAAAUGCUACAUCCUCAUCACCCUCUUCGUCAUUUCGCCGUCGUCUCGAACAUCAAUCGGCUAUUUCAAGUACUAUCCACCUUAUAUUUGAUGCGAUCGCAGUUUUUGGAUUCAGCUGGAGACUGAUGCAUCCACAUGUUUCGUCGAAUUCGGUCAGCAUUCGUUCCGUUCGGCUAAUGCUAGGUAUUAUCGGUACGAUGUCAUCAGCAAAGCGCAAAUUGUGCGCAUAG